GUUGAUGGAUUCGGGGACUUUUUGCUCGAGGGCAGCUCAUCCCCUGCGCCGUCGAGGUGGGCAGCCCAGACGCGCCAGGCCUUCGCGGCAACCCCGCUCGCCGUCCCCCCGCCUCCGAUGCUGCUCGCGGAUGCCCAGGGACUCUGAUCCCGGGGAUGCCUUUUGCAACGCGCCCCCGGGACGCGCGCCCAGCCGCUGAGCCGCGACGAGGCGGUCGUGGGAAGACGCGCAGUUCCUCCUUAAAGAGGCCCCGGCGGCUCCGUGAGCCCAACGUCUCCGUCGUUCGUAGACCAGCCCGGCCCUCGCAGCCAGUCGCCCGCGGCGGGCGAUGGGCCAGGCCGCGGGGAACUCGCGCGCCUUUCUGCGGGCUGCCGCCUUCGUGGUGCUCCUGGGCCGCGUCCGGCUCCAGAUCCCGACGGCAGGUAGCGUGGGGGCGCGGGUCUGUUUUGGAGGUGGGGAGCUUCCUUGGCUGCGCUCUUGCAAGACGCUGUAAAACGGAUUUCUUCUGACCUUCUCGGUGAUCGCGACUCCAGACUCCAGACCCUAUUAUUAUUUGUUGCUUUUCUUAAUUAAAUUCCUUCCCUCGCAGAUCACAGGGCGGUUUGCAAUAUAUAUUUUAAAAAACCACAAAAAUACGAUUCGAUAAUCUUUAUUGUCAUUGUCCCAUACAGAACAACGAAAUUGAAAACUCUACAUAAGACAUUCAAAAAUCAACAAGCCUGCUAUCCCAGCUAUCCCAACCUGGUUAGCCCCCUAAAAACUCUGAUACCCCAUUUUUAAAUACAAUAUACUCCCAUAGAGACUCUUUACACUGCGUUAAAACCAAAAUCACAUUUGGGUAGAAACUGUUUCUCAGGCGGCUAGUCCUAGUCUUUAUAACCCUGUACCUUCUUCCAGAAGACAGAAGCUGAAAGAGAUAAUUUCCAGGGUGCGCACUAUCCUGCGCUAUCUCUGCAGCUUUCUUAUGGCACCUGGAAUUAUAGAUUUUUCUCGUAUCAACAAAGGAGAACCAUAAACUCCGCCCACAGUUUAGAAGGCCAUACAAAGAUUGCUUCAUUAGUCACAGGUCUGCAAGAAGAGGAAUGUUUUUGCCCGGUUCAUCCCCGCAUUGCCUCGCGUGGUGUACCUGCCCCCCCCCCAUCCAACUUGCUGGCGACAAAGCGUUUUUAUUAUGAGAAAUAAUAUGAGCAAAGAAGUUUUUGAGUAUUUAGCUUACUAAAGCACUUGUGCCUUCGUUUAAAUCCUCCAGGGCUGGGGGGCGAUGGGGGGCUCAAAGAUUGCACUCGGUACUGAACAUCAGUAAUAAAAGGAAUGAUAAAAUGCACAUUAAACACACACACAGUUCAGAUGAAAUUUUUUUGUUGUUUAGUUGUUUAAUAGACCCUCUUAAAAGCUAAUGAUUGACUGAAAAUAAUGGGGCUUGAAGGAAUCUUUUGGAGCAGGGUGAAAUGGACUGCAGAAGUCUUAAGCAGAUCACAACACAGUCCCUUUUGCUUAGCAGCAUGGCAGUUCUCUCACUUUGGGGACAACUGUUAUUUAUACCUAGCCCAUGUGGCUGGGUUUCCCUAGCCACUCCGGGCAGCUCCCAAAACAUCAAACAUUAAAACCUUCCCUAGACAGGGCUGCCUUCAGAUGUCUUCUAAAAGAAAGCUGGUUGUUUAUUUCCUUGACAUCUGAUGGGAGGGCGUUCCACAGGGCAGGCGCCACUACCGAGAAGGCCCUCUGCCUGGUUCCCUGUAACCUCACUUCUUGCAGGGAGGGAACUGCCAGAAGGCCCUUGGAGCUGGACCUCAGUGUCCGGGCUGAACGAUGGGGGUGGAGACGCUCCUUCAGGUAUACAGGACCAAGGCCGUUUAGGGCUUUAAAGGUCAGCACCAACACUUUGAAUUGUGAUCGGAAACAUACUGUUCAAUGAAACUGAAUGUUGGACGACUCAACAGAAGGAAGUACUUCUUACCACAGUGGAUAUUUAAACUUUGGCGUUUGCUCCCACAAGUAGUGACGGACACCAACCUGAACGGCCUGAAAGAGAACAAAGUGUACAAAUUCACAAAGGAUUAGGCAUUCAAAUGUGACUCGCCACAGAGGCCCUUUUCUGACUCCCCUUUUGGAGGUUGUAUGCCUCUGAAGGCCAGCUGCUGGGAAUUGCAUGUGGGGAGGGUGCUUUUGAGUUCAGGCCAUCUGAUUGAGCACAGAUAACUGGAUGUUGGACUGCCUGAGCCUUUGGCCUGAUCCAGCCAGGCUCCCCCCCGCCCCGCCCCUUAACUCAUUUGGACUUAGAGCAUUUCAUUUCUUCCAUUCCCCUGGUUUUGUUUUCAUGCAGACAACAGAGAGCUCUGCCUAGAGGCACCGGUGCCCGGAGUCUGCCCAGGUUCAUUUGACAGGUGGUACUACAACCGAGCCUCCCAAGACUGCCAGAGGUUUACUCACGGGGGCUGCUUGGGGAACGAAAACAACUUUUUGAGCUUUGACGCUUGUAUAGAAACUUGCGGGAAAAUCAAGAGUAAGUCAUUGUUCUAAAAUUUCAAAUCCUGAAGUGAAUUGGGGAAGAUUUUUAAGAGCAAUGGUUUACUUUAGACAGUUUUUUUUUAUAAAAAAGAAAUCUAAACAGUUGUGGUUUAAUUUUCAGAAGUGCCUGUAAUGUGCCGAGUGAAACCUCCGCAAGGGACCUGGAGCCCCCUCAAGCCAAAAUAUUUCUUCAACCUUGAGACAAUGAAAUGCGAGGAAUUUUUCCCUAAAAAACGUUCACGACACCCUAACAUGUUUUCCAGUAAAAGAUCCUGCACUGACGUCUGCAAGUUGGGGAGAAGUAAUUAUUUUUUCAUACAAGCCAUAGGCCUAUUGAGCUUGAUAGGUGGGGGAGGGAUGAAAUGUUCUCAUGUAUUUCCUAAACUUACUCUCCAAGGGACCAGGAGCUCUACAACAGCGGUUCUUGGUGAACCAGGUGAUAUUGUAUCGAAUCUAAAUAAAACUGUAAACUCUGCCGAUUUUUUUUUAAGGUGGGCAUUAUUGGUUAUGAAUUCUAAACAUCACUAUAUUCUGCUCUUCAAAACACACACACCCUUAAUUAACUCCUUUCUUUCUUUUUUUGAAGGGGGUCCCUCCUUUUGCUCUAGUCCCAAGGAUGUGGGACUCUGUUCAGCUUCACUGCAUCGCUUUUACUACAAUAUAGCGAGCAGAACUUGUGUGGCAUUCAUGUACACGGGAUGCGGCGGGAAUAAUAACAACUUUCUUACAAAGAAAGACUGCAUGAACGCCUGCAAGCAUGGUAGGCCUCUCUCCUCUUGCUGUGAUAGAGAUUUACAGGGACUUGAGCAGUGUUUUAGCCAGAUUGUGAAGGUUCACAAAUAAACCCUGUACUAGUAAGUCUGGGAUGAUUUAAAAAAAAAAAAGUUUUUAAGUAUCACGCAGAGCUAAUGCUGUCUUGGUCCCAUGAAGUUCAUAUGGAGGCUUUUCAUUAUAUCAGGGGUGAGGAAACUGUCCGUCUAAAUGCUGCUGGACUACAUCUCUUAUCAUUCCUGACCAUCUGAGGCUGAUGGGAGUUGGGAGUCCAAUAAGAAAAUGGAAGGACAGAUGUUUCCCACCUCUGCAUUAAACCACCUUCUGUGAGUGCAGAAGCCGCAGGUAGUACCCAUUCAGUUUGCUCCCUUUCCCCAAGUGGUUGUGGGACUGUCAAAGGAAAUGAGAGGGACCGGAAGCGGGCAGUAGUUGCCGGAAGAGGGCAAGGCAUGGGAAAUGGCUGUACGCUCCAGAGUAAACUGUGCUGUUUUGAAGGGACUGCAGUGCAAAGGUGGGAAUUGCCCAGACGCAGCAAUAAAAGCGGCUUGUGAGAAACCCAGGCAUAGCUUCUCUCUGGACCAGCUGCUCAACAUAAAACUGGGGCCUCUGGAGAGGCUCCUGCUUCCUCCCAACCAAUCAAACAAAAGCAAAGGGCCAUAGCCUAUUGGUAAAGCACCUAUCUUGUACGCAGGGGGCUUCAGGUUCAAUACCUGGCGUCUCCAGGUAGGGUUGGGAGAGACCUCGGCCUGAAACCGAAGUCAGUGAAAAUGGUGAAAAUGUUGGGCUAGAUGGACCAGCAUUCUCACUCAGCAUUAAGACAGUUUCCUGCAAUCCCGGAGGGAGCGGUGAGUGGUGUGAGCAGAUAUGUUUCCACAGGGGUUGAGGAAGAAGAGAGGGGAUGAGGGGGAGCCUGCCUAAGCAUAAGGAACUCAGUCCUAAAGAACUGGAAGGUAGUUAAAUCCUGGCCUGCUUACUAAGCAGAAUGACCUGCAAAUAAAACAUUUUCCAUUUACAGUGGCACCUCGGGUUACAUACGCUUCAGGUUACAUAAACUUCAGGUUACAGACUCUGCUAACUCCGAAAUAGUACCUAGAGUUAAGAACUUUGCUUCAGGAUGAGACCAGAAAUCGUGCUCCGGCAGCAGGAGUCCCAUUAGCUAAAGUGGUGCUUCAGAUUAAGAAGAGUUUCGGGUUAAGAACGGACCUCUGGAAUGAAUUAAGUACUUAACCCGAGGUACCACUGUAUUUCCAUAAGGGCAGGCAUACUGAAACGUUCAAUAUAUUAUGCACAUGUGCGCAUUAUUUCCUUAAAACAUGAAAUCCUUGCUUGGAGAGGGGGAUAAAAUUAGGGGACACAACACAGUGUGAGGCACGCUCUACGCAGUUCCACACAGCCGCUUGGAAAAGCUGGUGUUUUGCAAUGUCUUUUUUUUUUUAGGUGACCACCUCCAAAAAGUUUGAAGUGUGCUUACAAAGCAUCCUCCACUGCCCCUGCCUCCUUUUCCCCCUGCCCAAGGCCCAGGAAUUUUAGGAAAGAGGCACUCCCCUUUCCCUGGCAGUCUGUUUCCCAUCUGCACGCACUCUCAUGUGUCAAGGCCAGGUAAGUGUCCACUGCUGCCUUCUGCUCCUCCCCAAGGAGAAUUCAAGGGCCUUAUGAGAAGGUGGCACUUGCAGAGCUUAAGGUGAGCACAGGUCCUGCUUCCUGUGAUCUGGGCUGUGCUUGACUCAGUCCUGCUUGUGGGCAUUUGAGAGGAGCGCUCACUUUCACCCCUGCUUGAAUGCCCACGACACGCAUAUUAGAAACUGCAAUUAUCUGGUGCCUUGGGUUUUGCAGACCUGGAACGUUGCAUGCUUUUUUCCCUUCUCUCUUUUUCUUCUUCUAGUACAAGUGAAUGAAGCGAUUAAGUUACCUCCGAUUGUGAUUCAGUUUCUAUUCUUUUCUUAGUUGGAAGAAUGUAAGCAACGGUUGCAAUAUUGGGAAACACCAUCUCAUAAGGAGGAGAAGUCUACAAAUCAAACAAAUGCCACAUACGUUCUUGCACCUGAAGGUCUCUAGACCAGAAGCAUUAUUUCAACAUUGAGAACUUUAAUUUGUGGGUGGAUUUUGUUUUUGUUUAUAUGUAGCAAUCUUAACAGCUCUUCUAUAUGAUCAGUUCUGGAAAUGUAGUAAGUCAUCGUCACUGUUAUCUGAUCAGCCUUAUGGACUGGCCUCCAUAUUCAAAGCAUGGUGAUCUGCUGAGGGAGAUAACCCUGGUUUGUUGACCUUCAUGCAGAGAUUCUUGAUGUGCAGGAGCAGGCUCAACACUCACUACUGAACAAGGAUCUUUCUCUGUCAACUGCUGCAUAUUAUUUGCUUUAUUUAUUUUUCUUAAAGAAGACUACAAAUAAAUUGGUAUUGUUGCUAUCCAUUCUUUCAC